UGGGCAUAUUGGAAGCACAAAUGACAUGUGACAUAGUGAUUAUCUCCAGUUACACAAGUUGCAAGCAGCCUUUCAGCUGGAAAGAUGAGCAGCAGCAACUCUCCGGUCAAAUCAACCGGCUCUCCUUUUAUUCAGAGCCUGAAACCUCGGGAUAACCUGGCUUCCAUGGGGUCUUCAACCCAGCUUAUUAUAAAGGAUAUUGGAGAAAUUCAUUCAAGAUUGUUGGAUCAUCGGCCAGUUAUUCAGGGUGAAACACGGUACUUUAUUAAGGAGUUUGAGGAAAAACGUGGACUAAGAGAGAUGAGAGUUCUUGAAAAUCUGAGAAACAGCAUUUCUGAAACCAAUGAGCAUGAUCUUCCAAAGUGUACAGAUGUAAUGCAAGACCAGCUGGCUUCAGUUCUUAAAAAAUUGGAAACUGCCAAUCACACCAUUCACAGACUGCAACAAAGAGAACUGGAAACUGCAAAGGAAAUUGCCUCCAGGGCAGGGGAUCAGAUGAUGCGUGCCCACUGGGAACCUUUCAUGAAGGAGCAGGAGCAGAGGCGCCGGACAGUUGAUGAAGAACACAGGAAAGCAGUGAUGCGACUGAAGGACCAGUAUGUCACUAUGGAAAAAGAGCUCUCUAAACAAAUUUCUUUUUAAGAACUUUUUUUUUGCACUAGAUUUCUUUUACAUAUAGGCUAGGUAUUUGUUAAAAGCAAGACAAAUGCAUAACUAGGGCUCAUUCAUUACCUCAUUUUUAAGUGCCUGAGCAAAUGACACAAAAAGUUACAAGAAAAAGCUUUGAGUGACUGUUAGCCAAUUGUACAAUUUCUAUAUGCCUUUUUGGUUUCUAUCCAGAAAGAAAAGUGUUAUUUUGCAGCAGGGAUUCUAGUAUUCUUUCUCAUUCCUAUCAGGUGUAGCCCACUAAAGUAUUGUGAUUAAUUCAAUUAGCAUAAUUAUUGAAUAUUCUAAAGCAAUAUAACAGUAUCCAUAUCAGUAUUUUAGCAAUAAAAUUGCAUGAAGAAUAGCGCUAGAGACAUAAAGUACUAUUUUUUUUUUUUUUUUUUUUUUUAAAGCUAAAAUGUUUUCUUGUAAGCAAGGUUAAAGAUGUGUUUCUGUAUAUCAUUCAUUCCUUCCUUCCUAUCAUUAUUCAGUUUGGGCUUUAUCUAAUCCAUAGUACCAAAGAGAGUUGUUGUCAAGUAGUGACAAAGAAUUAAACCCUAAAAUCAAACAUG